AUGCCGAGUUCAACCAUCGGUAAUUUAUCGCCUAGGGAGCCUGCGAAUCCCUCAUCCGCUUACGACAAUGAUAUACCCUUGCUGGAUGACAGCGAUGACGACGACCCUAUCGCAGCUGUCAAUAGAGACCGAACCCUCGUGGACGAUGACCCAUUAGCCGAUUUCGAUGGCGAGUUCCCGUCAUUCAAGAGGAAGCAGAAACAGAGUAGUGGAAUUGCUGGCACAAUGGGGCUUUCCAGCUUUUUGUCGCCGUUCUCACGAAAGAAUACAAGCCCUCCAACAACGGUGAGUGCCCCAGGGACGGCGACACCAGGAUCUAGCGAUGGACCGACACAGAAUGGAAAUAUGGGUGGAGGCGGUUUACCAGUAGACCAGCCAAAGGAUGGCAAUAGUCUGGAGUGGGUAAUCGAAGGACCAGGACACCGAGUGGGAUAUGAAAACUUGACUGCCAUUGAUUGGAUUUUCGAAUAUACCAAGGAACGCCAACGGCUACGGGUGUUAUACUCGAAUACAAGUGGAAUAAUUGGCUACGCGCGUCAAAUGGCCGAUGCCAGCCAGAUUUGGAUUGUUUUAGUUUUGACGGGGAUUGCUGUGGGGCUAAUCGCAGCUGGGAUUGAUAUAACUAGUGGCUGGCUAGGAGAUAUAAAAGAAGGAUACUGCUCUGCGGGAGCUGAUGGGGGCAGGUUUUAUUUGAAUAAGAGCUUCUGCUGCUGGGGCUAUGAGGAAUGGUCCAAGUGCCAAGAUUGGGUUCCAUGGAGUUCGACCCUCCACGUCUCAUCUACGGGCGGGAAGUGGUUUAUAGAGUACCUUUUCUUCAUUUUAUAUUCGGUUUUGUUUGCGACAUGUGCGAGCAUGUUGGUGAAGACAUAUGCAAUCUAUGCGAAACAUAGUGGGAUACCCGAAAUCAAGACUGUUCUUGGUGGUUUUGUCAUUCAUAAAUUCCUUGGAGGAUGGACUCUGCUGGUUAAAUCCAUCGGCCUGUGUCUGGCUGUGGCAUCUGGCAUGUGGCUUGGCAAGGAAGGGCCUCUCGUACACGUAGCGUGUUGUUGUGCAAACCUGUUCAUGAAGUUUUUCUCUAAUAUAAAUAAUAACGAAGCACGAAAGCGGGAAGUCCUUUCGGCAGCAGCAGCAGCUGGAAUAUCUGUUGCCUUUGGUACCCCUAUCGGCGGGGUCUUGUUCAGUCUUGAGCAACUGUCGUACUAUUUCCCAGACAAAACGAUGUGGCAAAGCUUCGUUUGCGCGAUGGCUGCUGCCGUUACUCUCCAGACUCUUGAUCCUUUCCGUUCUGGCAAGCUCGUGCUGUACCAGGUUACGUACACUACAGGAUUCCACGGGUUUGAAAUGGUGCCAUUCGUGAUACUGGGAAUAUUUGGCGGCAUCUACGGUGGCCUUUUUAUUAAAGCCAAUAUGGCCGUGGCCUCAUGGAAGAAAUCCACCACCUGGCUUCCUGGGCCAGUUACUUUGGUUGUCGUGGUCGCCCUUCUCACCGCCCUGAUCAACUACCCGAACAUCUACAUGCGUGCUCAGACGUCAGAAUUAGUCUACUCGCUAUUUGCAGAAUGUUCUGCGAUCGUCGAUGACCAAUUUGGCCUUUGCUUGAAAGGUGCUGCCACGGUUGGCCCUGUCGUUCUUCUUAUCCUUGCCGCACUUGUCGGGGUUUUCCUCGCAACUAUAACUUUUGGCUUGCACAUUCCGGCUGGAAUAAUCUUGCCAUCGAUGGCUAUUGGGGCUCUGUUUGGACGUGCAGUCGGAAUUAUUAUGGAGAUCUGGGUGCGGAACCACCCAGGUUUUUUUGCCUUCGCCGCUUGCGCACCUGAUGUUACAUGCGUUGUCCCUGGGACAUAUGCUAUCAUUGGUGCUGCAGCUGCACUCGGAGGUGUUACUCGAAUGACCGUCUCGAUUGUUGUCAUUAUGUUCGAGCUUACAGGUGCCUUGGCCUACGUCUUGCCAAUUAUGAUCGCUGUCAUGGUUAGCAAAUGGGUUGGCGAUGCCUUUGGGAAGCGGGGAAUUUAUGAGAGCUGGAUCCAUGUCAAUGAGUACCCAUUCCUCGACAAUUCCGAGCUCUCGAUUCCAGACAUUCCAGUUAGCGAUGUCAUGACCAGAAUUGACGAUCUCAUCGUUCUUACUGCAACAGGCCACACGAUUGGGUCUUUGAAGGACAUAUUAGCUGCCAAUCCCUACCGCGGAUUUCCUGUCAUUUCGGAUCUGCGCAGCGCCAUUCUCCUGGGAUAUAUAUCUCGCGGAGAGCUCAUCUACAAUCUUCACGUCUCCACCCGACAUCCCCGCAACCUCCCGCCAGAGUCGGAAGUGUUCUUUGCGCACCAGCCACUUGCUGAUCCGCAAAGCACGCUUGAUCUCCGGCCUUGGAUGGACCAGACACCCAUUACUCUCCCGGGCCGGUCAACAAUGCAGUUAACGGCGACUUACUUCCAGAAACUUGGCCUCCGAUACAUUCUCUUCACUAGUCGCGGAGUUUUACAGGGGCUCCUCACAAAGAAGGACAUAUCAUAUGUCCUUAAUGGAGCGGAAAGUUCUAGGGGAGAGACUGUUGACGGAACCGAAUAUAACCAGGUGAGAAUGGCGAGGGAAGAGGAAGAAGACGAUGGGGAUGGAUUACUGAGAAGUGGGGGUGAUGCCGAGGAUCCCAUUAGCCCUGGGGCGCACGACACGCCAUUGUUAUAG